ACGAGGGGGUAUCCCGACUGAAGAGCUGCCCCGGUGGAAACAAACGAACUCGUGAGAACCUCGAUGAGUUCUUUGCUACGUAUGUAAGAAAGUGAGAGCUGUACUGUACAGAGAGCGUGUAACCUUGGUGGCUUUUGCAAUACGUAAAUACACUCCCUACUUGUCAAUGCUUUCUAGUCGUUACAAGACCGAGACAGUCAUGAUGUUCAUCUGGUUAGAACUGGAAGCCUUUCGGCGGCGACAUUGAGGGAUGUGAUAGAUUCCGGAAGCUAAAAGAUGUACGUACUUCUGCGUGUGUGUGUGUACAUGGCGCGAGCUGGAGCUGCCCGGGGGGAUUAGUCAAACCGCAAAGUACCAUAGAAAACAAGAUGCUUUUAAAUGCCUCCGCCGCCCCUCAUCCAACUUGCAUGCUCUGAUUUAUUUCAGCUUCUCUCUUCUUUCAUCUAUUUCUGCUGUUUUUCUGAGAUACCCAUUCCUCUUUUCCCACCACACAACAUAAUUCACAAUGGCCUCCACCGACCGCAACGCUCCCCUCCGCCUGGGCACCAUUGCCCCCAACUUCCAGGCUGACACCACCACGGGUCCCAUUGACUUCCACGAGUUCAUUGGCGACAACUGGGUCAUCCUCUUCUCCCACCCCGAGGACUACACCCCCGUCUGUACCACCGAGCUCGGCGAGAUGGCCCGCCUCGAGCCCGAGUUCAAGAAGCGCGGCGUCAAGCUGAUCGGUCUCUCCGCCAACACCCUCGGCAGCCACGAGGGCUGGAUCAACGACAUCAAGGAUGUCACCGGCUCCCAGGUCCAAUUCCCCAUCAUUGCCGACAAGGAGCGCAAGGUUGCCUACCUCUACGACAUGCUCGACUACCAGGACACCACCAACGUCGACGAGAAGGGCAUCGCCUUCACCAUCCGCUCCGUCUUCGUCAUCGACCCCAAGAAGACCAUCCGCACCAUCCUCGCGUACCCCGCCUCGACCGGCCGCAACUCCGCCGAGAUCCUCCGCAUCGUCGACUCCCUCCAGACCGGCGACAAGCACAAGGUCACCACCCCCAUUAAUUGGGUCCCUGGUGAUGACGUUAUUGUCCACCCUUCCAUCAAGGGAGAGGAGGCCACCCGUCUCUUCCCCAACCUCAAGGCUGUCAAGCCCUACCUCCGCUUCACUCCCCUUCCCAAGGACGCUUAAGCGUAGGGCGGACGUGGCUUGUCUGAAGUGUGCUGUGACGGUGUUGGGAGGCUGGUUUGGGGACUGGACUUCUCUCUUCUUUUUCAUUCGCUCUCAAGCGUAGUCACCCAAAAACAACAAUGAACAAACAGAUAAUUGAAAUGAAAUAAAAAAUAACUAAUGACGAACAACAACCGCUCCUGACUGCUGCACAGCUGGCCGUCUCUGGCAAUUAAUUUGAUAAAAAGGCAUUGUGCUUAAGUGAUUCACUUGGCCUCGCAGUCUUCGACUUGCUGGUCUUGGCCGCCUGGCAUGCUGGCUGUCGAGCAUAUGUCACGGAUGGGCAGUUACGUGGGAGUUCGAGAGAUGGCUUUCACACUGGCCUGGGUUAGACGUUGGCAUGCAAAGAUGAUUAGGCCUCGCAGGACUGACAGCUUACGUCUUUGUUCUAUAAUGGUUAUUUUGUUUUUCUCUUCUUGUUCUUUACUGUACUGUAUGGAUGCUAAGAAACAUGCAAGUCGUGACCUCGAUAUUGGAAACAAAGGUUGCAUACGAAUUCAGGGUUGGCACGAAUCAGUAUAACCGACGGUUAUUAUACUAUUUAGUGCAUGCGGCAUGUGUUAGACCCAAGGGCUACGGUAGAUGAUUGGAAUCUCCAAAUUUUUUGUUAGAAAG